GAGACGUCCCCUCGGUCCUCAAUGCAGAAUUGCAGACCAAGGCAAAAGGAGCAGAAGCUGUGUCGUUUUGAUACUCCCAGAUAGUGAGUUUGUUUUGCGCUUUGGAGGAAGAUGACAUGCACCACUUCUGACUAAUGCCAAAUCCCAUUUCUUAUUCCUCUUCAAUUUUUCGAAUUCUAAAGAUUAGUGCAGACUCAAGUUCAUUCAAUUAGUUCAGGCUUUUCAAUUUUCAGCUGCUAAUAGUUACUGCAACAGCAAUUCGCUAGGUAAUGGUUGAGCCAUAGUGGAUUACAAUGAAAUGUUCAUGCAAGAAAGAUUUUGGCCUAUGUUCUGCUCAUUCAACAUCCCCCGAUUUUCUUGGAUGCUCAUCAUGGAAAACUUCAUCUGGAUCUCAUGGACAAGAAUCGCCUAUGUCCAAAAGUUUGAGCUUAAAAAUGGGAGUUCUCCCACAGCAAUCUCUUAAAACUAAGCUGUUUAGUUUUCAAUUUCAAGAACAGGACUCAUGUUCAACCCAGCCAACUGAUCAAUCUUAUCAUAGAGGUGUCUCAGCCAACUCAGGUCACUUUUCUAUGCAAUAUAGCAGUUCUUCUGCUCAUUCUAGCAGAACUGAGGGAAAGUCCUCAGGAGGUCUCAUCAGGUCAUCAGUGGGGAGACAGGAUUUUACCUUCCCUUCACUCCUGGAUCAUAAUCAAUCAAUUAUCCAUCAUGCUCAACUAAUGGGAAUGGCUCCUCUUCGAGUUCCGCUUCCGCUUGACUUCACUGAAGAACCCAUAUUUGUGAAUGCAAAACAGUAUCACGCAAUUCUGAGGCGAAGGCAGUAUCGAUCGAAACUCGAAGCACAGAACAAGCUCAACAAAACUCGGAAACCAUAUCUUCACGAGUCUCGGCACCUACAUGCAUUGAAGAGAGCCAGAGGUUCUGGUGGACGCUUUCUUAACACCAAAAAGCUUCAAGAAUCAUCAGAACUACCUUCAGCAAGCCAACGCCUAAGGUUGAAUCGUCAGAGUGUUAAUACACCAGAAUCUGAAUUUCUUGGCUUAGAAAAUUGCAGAGACAGUGCAUCGACCGUCACCUGUCCUGAUAUCGCAAGUGCUUCUAACAGUGACGAUAUCUUCCAGCGGCAGCAUGAAUCAGAUUUGAGGUGGUGUGGAAGAUAUCCUUCUCAUAUUGGAAGCAAAAUGCAAAGUUUCUCAGUUGAUAUGAGUGGUGAUGAGAAUCAACACCGUGUAUCGGUCUUCAUGUGACAGAUUGAAUGGGAAGUAACAGCAGUUUUUUUUCUUCAGCUUUCAGUUGGAAAAGAUCACUGCUCGAAUCCCUUGGGAAGUCAUCCUUGGCUCAUAUUUAUGUUGUGUAUUCCCAUUACUAGUGUGUUUCAGGAGAGAUUUUAGGUACUGACCCAAUCUAUAGAUUAAGCAUGUGUUGUAUAUAUAAAAACAUAAGGAUGUGGUAGAAUUAGAUCCUAAUAAAAACAAGAAAUGUUUGUGUGUGUGUUUUAGGAACAAUUGGAUGAAAGCUAAUGAGGAUGAGGAGCUUGAUGUCAAA